UUAAGUAGUUAAGAUUUAAAAGAUUAAUAUAAGGUUUUUUUAAUUAAAAAAAUUAGAAGCAUGGAUGAAUUAAGUAGUUAUGAAAACAAUGGAAGUAUGAGUAGUUCUGAAGAUACUAUUUCAGAUGAAAGUGAAAGUAUAACAGAAAACAUUGAAGAAGAUACAGGCACUCAAGAUACAAAUUCUGCAAUUUACCUUAAUAAAGAUGGAAAAAAGCAAUUCAUUUAUCAUUGUAAAUCCCACAAAGAAGCACUUCAAUAUAUUAAAAAAUAUGAGUUAGCAACAACAACACGAUUUGUGGUGUUUAAGGCGAAUAAAAAUUUUGGAGCAACUGAGAUUCUUACCAAGACUCAUAAUGUACUUUGGCAUGAUUUUGCUAUUCCUUAUUCUGGGAUGCCUUUCAUAAUAGUUUCAAGUAAAGUUUUAGAUUGUCAUCAUGGGUUCGAUCGAAAUAUUUCAUUAAAAAAAAAUAUCAACAAAAGAAAAGAGAAAUUAACAUGGAUGACCACUGCUUUCAAAAAAACUACGUUAUUUUACAAGAUACCAAAAAGUUUAUGUGUCCUGCAAAAAUCAAUAUGAGAGAAAUAUUGCAAUUUCCUGAUUUUAAGAUAUCAGAGAGGUCUGUAUGGCGUCAAAAUAAAGCCUCAAAACUGUUGCGUGAAAAACUAAAAACCUCUGCAUUGAAUGAAAUAUUGCAUAUAAGAACAAUUGUAGUUAUUAUUGAUGAUGUAUCAUGCCAUGAUAAACAUCUUGUUGGACCAGCUGAACUGAUAGCUCAAAGUAUUGAUCCUCUAAUUUCCAAAAAAAUAGAAGAUUAUGUUAUGGAAGGAGUAUUCAAUGUAAGAGAGAUGAAACGUCUCCUUCGGAUUGCUGUCAAUGACAUUUUUGAAAAAGAAAAUCUUCCUCCUCCAAAUAACAGAAGGUUCUUCCCUCGUGUUAAUACAAUAAGGUCACAUAUCGUUAAAAUCAAACAAAAGUUAAGCGGCUCCAGGGUCAAUUUGCGACUCAAUUUGCAAAUCAAGACCUGCUUCUAUUCGAAACUAAAAAUGCUGAUUUGCAGGAUAUUCUUUGAUUGAUCAAGAGUGUCUACUAAAAAAGUGUGACGACUGGAAAAAAUGCGAUCCUUCCAUAAACGUGUUUCUCCGACCGAAGUCCGAAACCAUAAGCAAUGUCAGUGAAACGUUUCUUUUUGUUUAUCAGUCACUCUGGCAACAAGAACUUCUUCUACGUUAUGGAAAUGAAAUAGUGCUUCUUGAUGCUACCUAUCGAACUACAAGAAGUCUAUCACAGAAGCAUUAAAUAUAAUAAAGCAUUGGAACACAUCAUUUAACCCUGCUUUUUGUAUGACUGAUUAUUGCAAUGAAGAAAUAGAAUCCUUGCAAUCUAUUUUUCCAGCUUGUCGAGUUAUCAUAUGCGAUUUUCAUAGAGAGCAAGCAUGGGAUCGCUGGCUUUCCAAAAUCAAAAAUGGCUGUUCUGAAUUUAAAGGCAGCAUAAUUUCAUUGUUGCGUUGUGUUGCCACAGCACAAACUGAAGAUCACGCAAAAGCUGCUAUUGAGUCACUACAUUCCUCAAACUUUUGGGUAGAAGAAAAAUUUGAUAAAUUUAAGAAAUAUAUUUCAAAUUAUUGGUUAAGUAUUAAAGAAAAAUGGAUAUGGGCUUAUCGUCGUGAUCGAUUGUUAGUAAAUUUAAAUACUAACAAUGGGAUUGAACGACAAAACGAAUCAUUCAAAUACUCUUUUCUUCAACGACAUAAAAACUCUUCUAUUACUGGCAUGCUAACUGUGCUAAUUGAAGAAUUCUUUCCAGAUAAAUUAGAACAUUAUUCAGAGUCCAAUUUCAAAAUGAAUUGUCAAUACAGACGUUAUAGUAACAACAUCCCUGAAUACUUACAUAAUAGGUCACAUCAUUUUGUUAAGCAUUGUUUGCAGAAAAUUGAUUUGGCUAACAAAACUGACUUAGAUGUAGUAUUAUUAAACGAUCAUGGAUUGUUUAAAGUCAAUAGCUUUUCAGAUAAAAAUAAAAACUACAUUGUUUACUUUGGAGAUAAAGAUACAAUGCCAAAAUGUACCUGUGUUGCCUGGUCGCAAUCAGCCUACCUGUGCAAGCAUUUUUUCCUUAUAUUUAGAAAAUAUCCACAGGCUUGGUCUUGGCAAUCAUUAUCAUCUUUAUAUAGGGAAUCCCCUUUUCUUAAUAUUGACAUUAAAAAUGACUUGAUAUUAAAGGAACCAUUCAUAUACAAAUGCAAUCAUGUAAAAAAUAAUGUUAAUGAAAAUGAUAUUACUGACAAUAAUACUAACUCUAUCCUUUCAACCCCUGAUACAGUAUCUUUAAAACCUUCUGAUGAAAUUAAUUGUAAAAGGGCUUUUGCUGUUUCAGAAGUACGUGAAAUGCUAGCAACAAUUAAAACUCUGACAUAUGAUUUUGAUGAAGCAUCUGAAGAAAUUAGCGAUUUACAUAAAAAACUAUCAGAUAUUCUUGAAACUCUAUAUCGAGCAAGAAAAAAAGAAAAAGGUCUACCUGUUAGGGAUAAAAAAGCCAAUGACUACAUACCCAAUAAUCUAUCAAAAGUAGUUGAAAUACCUAGUCUUAAAAAAAAAAAAGUUUCUCACAGGUUAGGAAAAAAAAAAGAUUUAUUGCUCUCAUCAUGUAGCAUCAAAGCUGAUUGUGCUGUUCAAGAACCACAAAUACAAGAGUUUGUUAUUACUGAUGAUAUAAUAGCAGGGCAAUCAACUUUUAUAACUGAUUUGUUAGAUUCAACAAUUACAGAGACCUUUUUAACUGAUGGUGAUAAACAGAAGGUAACAUCAAUUCCUAUGCCUAUAGCUAAAGAUUUAGAAGAUUUAUCAAAUAUUGAAAAUGUUUUAUCUGGUGAUGAUAACAUAAAAGUUACUUCAAGUCAUACACUAGGAACUAAGGAUAUAGAAGAUAUUUUAAGUAACAGAAUGUUGUCUGAUAGUGUUAUUCAAUAUUUUCAAAAUUUGAUUAAAAAAGUUCAUCCAUCUGCAAAUGGGUUGCAAGAUCCAAUACUUGGACAAAAACUUUUUUUUAAGGUUCAAGGUUCUCAACCAUUUGUUCAGGUUUUGUUUAAUGGACAUCAUCACUGGCUUGCUGUUAGCACAUAUGGUUGCAAAUAUGGAGAAGUGUAUGUACUUGACAGCAAUUUUCAAGGAUCUUUAUCAUUAGAUACUCAGAGGCAAAUAUGUUAUCUUUUAAGUUAUAACAAGUCAGCAAUUAAAGUAAAUGUGUUACCAGUUCAUCAACAAGAAGGAAAUGUUGAUUGUGGUUUGUUUUCAUUAGCUUUUGUAGAGUAUAUUUUAUCGAACAAUAAAAAUCCAGUCGAUGAUGUUUGGUUCAACCAAAGAAAAUUUAGAUCUCAUGUUCUUGAAUGCCUGCAAAAAAAUGUGAUGAGACCUUUUCCACUUUCAAAUUCUGCAAAACAUAGAUGUAAUGCAAAACAAUUUUCUUUAAAGCUAUACUGUUCUUGUAGAAUGGUUUGGACACCAUCAGAUGGCACAAUAUAUGGAAAGCAAAUGGCUCAAUGUUGGAAUUGUCGAAAUUGGUUUCAUCGAGAUUGUGAAAAAAUUCAGCAGAGUUGUUUUGAUAAUAAAAAUGAAAUUUGGAAAUGUCAUGAUUGCUACAGAGAAUUUGCAAAUAACUAAUGACUUGCAAAGAAAUCAAAGGCCAUUUUCCAGUUCUGGGGGAGAAAAAUAAACAAAUGAUAAAUGAUGCUACUUCAAAAAACGGUUAUUUUCAUAGCCACA